AUGGUAGCUCGUAGAAGGCGAGCCAUUCAUCCAACUUCGUCACUCAACACUCCUUCUUCCUCAUCUUCAACGGACUCUCUCGCAAGUGAAAACACGGCGAUGCCACAUAGACUGCAACGAGCUCCGCCUAGAUUUCGUCGUCUUUCCCGUUUACCAGUAAAUAUUUUCAUCGUUUUCUUCGCAAUUAUUGGGAGUCUGUUACAUUGUGGGCACGUUGCUCAUCUGCAUGAGAAUCAUCUCUCUUUCGCCUACUUAUCAAAUACCGAAAGGGAGUUGACUUUUCGAUCGGAAAUGGCAUUCUAUUAUUCCUUCUAUAAACAGAUUGUUAUGGCUGAUACUUUCUGGAGUGGUGUAUUGAGUCUUCUAAAUGACACGGUAACAGAAUAUCCCAUUGAAAAUGAAGAGAUAGCUGACUGGAACUAUGAGAAAUGGGGAGUUCUUCCUAAAUUACAAAGUGAUUCGAAACCAAACAAUGGUAUUCUUGUGCUUGAACGGUUCAAUUUAUACCCUGAAUUGAUUCUUGCCGGACUGUACCGAAUCCUGAACUCAUUGGAAUUGCUUCAAUCAGAUUGCUUCCAAGUUUCAAUAGAUGGGGUAAUUUGGUCUAUUCCUUAUAUUUAUUUAUAUAUAAUUUUGUUAAUAUCAUUUUUCAAUACAAUCGUAUGCACUUACAACGAAAAUUGUCUUACUUCUUUUAAUACCUUAACGUGUACGAAUUUAAAUGAAAGCCCGUAUUUUCUGUAUGUUCAGCUCUGUGAUGCCAGUACGUGUCGGGGUAUCUGA